GUUUUACACGCGUUCGCAUUCAGUCUGCCCGCGGCGUUCGUGCCAGUCGUAUUCCGUUGCUUCUUUCUCAUUUUACAGCUUCCUUGCUAUCCGUGCAGUUUCCUUCAGAAUCGAAAAUAAUAAUCGAAAUCGAACGUGCGAAACGCGAUUGAUCACCGCACCUCCAACUCCAUUGAUAAGGAUAACGAUGCGCUUAAGAGUACGCGAGACCGUCAUUGCGAAAAGGAUGAUAGAAUUUGAAUAACGAUCGACGGAGGAGAAUUCUCAAAUGGAUGAGUCUACAAAGGCAGCGGGUAGUGAGAAGAAGCCAUCAGCUUAUUUGAAAGUGACUAAUUACCCUUCUAAUGGUAACGAUCUAGCGAAAAUUCCUAAACGAAAGCUCUCGGUAUUUUAUCGAUCAUUCGAUUUGAUCGCACCGAGCGAUCAGGAUAAAGAAACAGAAACGAUCGAAUUUCGGCGAACAUCCAGCAGCCCCUCCGUUCGGAUCGAGAGGAGCCAAGAUUCGGAGAACAAUGAAAUCACUCAAACAAGUUCUUACAAGAAAGCUUUCAUCGAUAAUUGUCGUUCAUUAAUGGACAGUGAUAAAGGAUUGAGUAAUUCUUCACCUGAUCGACUCAGUGAAAAAUGUUUGAAUAAUAAUGAAAUUUCUACGCCAUCCGCAUCUUCGACGUCGUUUAAACUACCCCAAGUCAGAGAAGGCACGAUCGUCAAUAAUUAUAAUGUAAUAACCGAAACUGCGAUCGGGAAACAUAAAUUGAACAAUAAUGGAAAUCGCAAAUCUAAAAGCACCGUUGAUAGUGUCGCGAUCGAUUCUUCCGAUUGUCGUCCUUCGACCGACGUCCAAUCGAAGAAGAAACAAGAUAACGAUGAGCGAAUCUCCUCGGCGAUCAAUCCUGUCCUUGAAAAUCCACCGGAAACGCAUCCAGCCCGGCCUCGCUGGAGCAACACCGAUCUGGUUAAGAUCAAAGAUUCGGAAUAUCCCCGCUCGUUUGUGAACGCGUCGAGUGCUGGUCGUCUCGGAAAAUAUACAUCAGUCGAUGCCGAAAUGUCGAGUCACGAGGAUAGCUCGAACGGUUCGGAUAGCGAGGACGAUUCGAUCGGAACAAGAAGCAGCAUGCAAGCGGCUUCAACGCGAAACGAUGACAAAAACGAGGGAUCAAGAUCGAAGAAGAGCAGCAUCCUCUCGCACACCUCGGCCUGUUUUUCAAUUGGUGAACCCACCGGGGAACCGGAUUCGAUCGAUGAUCGGAAUACCGAGAAAACGGAGGAUCUUGAAGAGAUUGACACGAAACGAGCGAAGCGACAAAGAUUCUUCGCUGUGAGAAGAUCCUUAUCCGAGGGCGACAGCGAACGAUAUCACCGUGCAAGACGACACUGCAGAUGCAUCAGGCAAGAAUUGUUCGAUGAGAAAGAAGAAUUUUCAGCUUUUCCAAGUUUCACCGACGGCAGGUUACGGAUAAUGGGAUUGUCCAACUUGAAAGACGCCGACAGUCUGUACAGGGAAAGUUUGUCGGAAAACGAGCUCGAACUUAAAUAUAUCGCGUUUUCGAUAGGACUUAGUACUGAUAGGAUCACCUUGCAUCGAAGAAUGGCACUGUCGCUUCGUCAACGGGAUCAAUCCGAAAGAAAUUUCACGGAUGAGAUACAGAAGAUGCAAGAAGAUAUACAGGAACUAUCGCCACUAUGUACAGAUAGGGACUCGAUAGACAGGGUUGAAAAGGUCCGUCGUCGGUUAGACACAGUUGCACGAUGCGCUCAUGGGGUAUCUUGUGCUGCUGAGACACUUGGGGCUGUGUACCAAGAGCACAGAAUCUCUAGAGCAGUUUUUAUAGCUGAUAAGUAUCUUCAGAUACUGCGCACUAGAUGCGAAAAUCUGGCUGCAGAAAUUAUGGAGACCAAGAGAAUCUUGUUGAAGAAUAAUAUUGUAAUAGAAGAGAAUUCAGGAGAAGUUGGUGAUGAUCUACCCAAAAUAAGAUACAGGAACGGAGUACCAUUUAAUAACAGAACAAUGAUAGCUAGAAGAAGAGCAAGCAUUGCAACAAUUUCGCGACCACUAUCUUCGCAAGAUAUGACAAAGGAAGGUCCACGGCAACGCAAUUCGGUUUCCGGAAGAAUGACCUUAAGAAGACCAUCGUUAUGCUCUGAAACGCAAAGCUGGGAGAGUGAAAAAUUAAAUCGAACAGACAGUUCAAACAGUGUUGCUGAAUUACGAGACAUUUCUGAGCAAACCGAGUCAAGGAGAAAUUCUGCGGAAGAGAAUAAUAAUCUUUUAAGAAAUGACCAAAGCGAUAUCACCGAUACCAUCAAUUGUAACAUUAUUACUGAUGUAGAGGCUGAAGAUCGAAUGAUUAAUAAACAGAAUUCAUUCGUAGAAUCCGAUGUGACCAAAACUGUUGAGGAACAAUUAACAUUAUGCAUACAGAUGGGCGAACUAUUACCUAGAAAUUUUGAAACAUGGGGGCUAAUGAUAUGGUCCCUGUUGGUCUUCGUUCUAGGAUAUUAUGCAAGACAGAUUACUUCGUGUUGAUGUAUGUGGCAGACUGUCCUAACUUUGUAAUACACUGUAAAGUUUCAAUAGGAAAAGUGGAAAAUUAGUGUUUCUUUGUUAUGGUGUUACAGUAUUAAAUAGUUCAUCCAAGUGUAAUGUUAUUUACCAAAACAUGCUAUAAUAAACAAUCUGAUUUAUAAAUA